UCUCAUCUCUCCAGCAUGUCGCUGAAGGUCCAGACCAGUAAUGUGACCAACAAGACCGACCCAAAGUCCAUCAACUCCCGGGUCUUUAUCGGUAACCUGAACACGGCGGUGGUGAAGAAGUCCGACGUGGAAAGUAUCUUCUCCAAAUACGGUCGUGUGCUGGGCUGCUCCGUGCACAAGGGCUAUGCCUUCGUCCAGUACGCCAGCGAGAGGCACGCCAGGGGGGCGGUGAUCGGAGAGAACGGCAGGGUCCUGGCCGGACAGACGCUGGAUAUCAACAUGGCUGGAGAACCCAAACCCAACAGAGCCAAAGGACUGAAGAGAUCAGCAGCAUCUGUGUACAGUGGUUAUGAGUUUGACUACGAUUACUACAGAGAAGACUUCUAUGACAGGUUGUUUGAGUUUCGUGGACGGGUGUCACCGGUGCCCAGGGUGGUGUCUGUCAAACGGCCGAGGGUGGGACUUCCUCUGGUUCACAGAGUCAAGGCUCUGCCAGUCAAACUGUUGGCACGCAACACGUCUGUCCUGAACACCAGCAACGGAAACAGACAAACAUCAGUCAAAGGGACAGAACUUCAGGCCAUAAAGUCAGAGCUGACUCAGAUUAAAGCAAACAUCGAAGCUUUACUGGGAAGACUGGAGCAGAUCACAGAGGACACACACAUCAGCAGCACAGAGCAGAGGAAGGCGGGGCCAUAUAAGAGUGAUGGUGCGUGGCAGGAAGGGGAGGAGUCGAGCUCAGAACUGGAGGAUGAGCUGGUACAGAGACAGAACAGUGAGGCUGAAGAAGAGGAGGAUGAAGAUGAAGAGGAGGAGGGGGAGGAGCACACACAGGACCACACCCACCAACACAUGGUGUGUAUUUACACCUGA